AUGUACUCCCUCUUGAUAUUAUCAAGUCUUUUAAUAUUUGCAAAUGUUGCAAACACAGAAGACAGAAUUGUUGGAGGUAGCUUCCAAAGCAUUGCUACCGCAGCAUAUCAAGCUCUUGUUUUACCAAGAGGUUUCUUAUGUGGUGGAUCAAUUUUAAAUCCGAGUUGGAUUGUAACUGCUGCUCAUUGUACAGAUGGUUUCGAUGAAACAAGUGUUCAAGUAGCUGUUGGAAUACAAGAUAGAAGUUUAUUAUCUUAUAAUCAACUUCUCAGCAUAUCUGUUUUAAUUCAAAAUCCACUUUAUGAUUCUUCUACAUACGAUGGAGACAUUUCAUUAUUAAAACUUUCUUUUGGACUUCUUUUCACACCAACUGUUAAACCAAUUGCAUUAGCAGCAUCAAUCCCACCACCAGGUACAGUUGUUUCAGUAUCAGGCUAUGGUAAAACUGAAUUGGGAACUACAAGUAGUGUUUUAUUGAGUGUUAGUUUACAAAUCAGCGAUUGGAAUUAUUGUAACAGAUUCUAUGGUACCCUUACACAAAAUCAAUUCUGCGCUGUUGCCUUACCAAAUCAAAAAGCAGAUUCAUGCCAAGGUGAUUCUGGUGGCCCAAUUGUAUACAAUGGACAAUUACUUGGUAUCGUAUCAGCUGGUGCAGGAUGUGUACAUUGUUCGGCUGAGAGCGAAGACAGAAUUGUUGGUGGAGCAGCGCUUGAUAUUGUUGCGCGUAAUUUUCAAGUUGCUGUCAUACCAAAUGGUCAAAUUUGUGGUGGAUCUUUAAUUGCGUAUGAUUGGGUUCUUACAGCAGCUCAUUGUACAGUAAAUGUUGUUGUAGAACAAAUCGUUGUUCGUGCAGGCUCUAUAUAUUUUUAUAAAGGUGGACAAACAAGUUGGGUCUCCCAAAUAAUUAAUCAUCCAAAAUAUGUAAACUCUAGAGGUGGAUUUGACAUUUCUUUAUUAAGAUUAUAUCCAGGAUUUCAACCUAGCGUCAGUAUCGGUUUGGUUUCUUUAGCUACAAGCUUGCCGCCACCUGACACAGAAGUUACAGUUUCUGGCUAUGGUACAUUAAAUUUCCAUGGAAUUGUUGCUCCAAUUUUACAGUACGUUACAGUAUCUGUGGUUGAUUUUGAAUAUUGUAAUCAAUGUUACGAUAAUCAAUUAACCAGUUCAAUGUUUUGUGCUGCCGGUGAAGGUAAAGAUGCAUGUCAAGGUGAUUCUGGUGGUCCAAUAACCUACGGUGUUGAACUAAUUGGUGUUGUUUCAUUUGGUGAAGGAUGUGCAAAUGCAACACAUCCCGGUAUUUAUACUAGCAUUCCGUUUAAUCUUGCCUGGAUUAAUAGACAGUUAGUGUCAGAUCCACCAGAAACAAUAUGGGUACAAAACUAUUUCAGUCGUUAA